AUGACAACGCAGUCCAUAUUUGUUGACGAUGCGCAAACACAACGAUCGACAAAAACCGGCAACGGAACGGCGGUUUCACACCAGGACCGUAUCAGUCAAGCCUGCAAUAUGACAGACUAUGGUUUCGCGAGUCCUGAAACCAUACGAAAUGUUAGCCAAGAUACAGUAGCCACAUUGCCUGUGCAGUAUCCGACCGCACUGUGCGAGUUUGAUUUCGACGAUAACGACUUUGAUACCAGUGAACCUGAACAACUUGAUGCAUCCCUGGCACCACAUCAGAUUGAGAAAUCGAUGCUUGCGCAAGACGACUUCAACUUUGACAUCAACGAUGAUGACCUGCUUACAUUGACAUCCGAGAUCAACGACGUAUGCCCUGAUCUUGCAAAUCCUGCUUUGAACCGCUCUGUGCAGCCCGUGGACAAUGGCGAUGACAGACUGCACCACCCUCCCGGCACCUCUGCGGAUGCCCCUAUCAUGCUUGAUGAAAGUCCUACCAAGAAGACCUACCAGUCCGUGUCAAAGCAGUUCACUUCCCCGGGCACUCUCACGACGCGCCUGCAAGCCGCGACUGACGAUCUAGGUUCAUCGAAGAUACACAAACCAUUUGUCAGGCCACCAUUUCCAGAGGCUGUCCGUGAUCGCUCACCCAUCAUCGGUCUUUCGUCAAACCUACUGCUCAGGACCUGUUUCCGUAUCGGUGAAGUGAUCUACCAAAGUUGUCAGGCAUCCAAAUCAGGGAAGCACAUCAUGAUUGAGAUGUAUGCCAGAGUGCUUGCUUCUGAGCGGACUAGUACAGAGCAGCAGUUCACCUUCUGCGACCUCUUCCACGCCAAGCCACCUUACCUCAAGGCAGUGUACAAUGCUGCUAUCUGGAAGUCGGUGCAGCUCUUCGAGUACGACAGCAGAAGACUGUUACAGCAAGGGCGGAUCUGCCGCUGCAUUGGCACCAUGAAGCGCGAGGAUAAGGAAUGGACAUUGACAAUCCUCAACAUCUGGGAAGCAACUUGGGAGGACAUCGAGUGGGUACAAGGAAUUGUGGACUCUUAG